GCUGAGGCGGCGGCGGGGCCGGGCCCGGGCGGGCGGAGCCGCUGCUGUCGCUGCCGCCGCCAUGGGGCUGCUCAACUUCACCCGCGACCCGGUACCGGAGGCGGUGAGCGGCGACAUGCACAACCUGAACCAGCUGAGCGCCCAGCAAUUCUCAGCGCUGACUGAAGUGCUUUUCCGCUUUCUGACAGAGCCCAAAGAGGUAGAAAGGUUUCUGACUCAGCUCUCAGACUUUGCCACCAUGAAUAAAAUCAGCUUGGGCCCCCUGAAAAACAUUGUCAAAAGUAUUCUUCUGGUACCCAACGGUGCCCUGAAGAGGAAUUUGUCUUCUGAACAAGUCAGAGCAGAUUUUAUUGCUCUAGGCCUCAGUGAAGAGAAAGCCAGUUACUUUGCAGAACAGUGGAAGGUGAAUUCCCCCACCUUAACACGCCUGGCUGUGGGUCAGACACUGAUGAUUAACCAGCUGAUAGAUAUGGAGUGGAAGUUUGGAGUGACUGCUGGGAGCAGUGAGCUGGAAAAAGUGGGAAGUAUCUUCUUACAGCUGAAGCUGGUGAUUAAAAAAGGGAGCCAACUGGAAAACGUGUAUGUUGAGUUAACUUUGCCCCAGUUCUACAGUUUUCUGCAUGAAAUGGAACGGGUCAAAACCAGCCUGGAAAGCUUCAGCUGAAACUGCACAGACCUGAGCCGACAUCUGUCCGGGAUGUUUAAUUCCUCCUCAUGGGCCUGCAGAUCUGCUCUUUCCCAGCUGACUCUUCACACCCUGAUAAGAGAAGACAAGCUGUGCAACGAGCAGUGGUGUCAUGGCCCAGCAGGACCCAUCAAUCCUUCAGAACCUGAAACUUGGGCUAAGUUUCAGCUUUUUCAAAGCACCUACAAGUCCACUCAUCUUUUUUUUUUGUUUUUUUUUUUUUCUUUUACUAUACCAUUAUGAGGAACUGUGGUCAGAAGUAAUGUGGAUACCUGUACUAAAAUAGCAAAGAAAUAAACGCAUUCCUAUCCUUCUCUA